CGACCAAUUGUAUCGCGCGUGUGGCAAAGUGCACUAGGGAAUCAAGUGUGAGGCCUGCGCACGGAGUAACAAGCGGGGUCGCAAUGGGCGAGCGGACGCCGCGCAACCUCCCGUGGGUGGAAAAGUAUCGACCAAGAGUUCUUGACGAGCUCAUCUCACACAAGGAUAUUCUAACUACGAUCCAGAAGUUCAUCAGUGAGGACCGAUUGCCCCACUUGCUGUUCUAUGGCCCCCCGGGUACCGGCAAGACGUCCACCAUCCUGGCAUGCGCACGGCAACUGUACGGAGAGAAAGAGGCUGCCUCAAUGGUGCUCGAGCUGAACGCGUCGGACGACCGAGGCAUCGAUGUUGUGCGAGGCCCCAUCCUCAGCUUCGCCAGCACGCGCACCAUCUUCAAGAAGGGCUACAAGCUGGUGAUUUUGGACGAGGCAGACGCCAUGACUCAGGACGCCCAGAACGCCCUGCGACGAGUGAUGGAGAAGUUCACGGAGAACACGCGCUUCUGCCUCAUAUGCAACUACCUGUCGCGAAUCAUCCCCGCACUGCAGUCGCGCUGCACACGCUUCCGCUUUGGCCCGCUUUCGUCCGACCUCAUGGUCCCACGCCUCCUGCACGUUAUUGCUGAGGAGCAGGUGGACGUAACGGACGAUGGGAUGAACGCGCUCGUCACGCUGUCAAACGGGGACAUGCGGCGUGCGCUAAACAUGCUGCAGAGCACCAACAUGGCAUACGGGCGCGUAACGGAGAACAACGUGUACACGUGCACGGGGCAGCCGCUCAAGUCGGACAUCGCUAACAUCGUGGACUGGAUGCUCAACAGCGACUUCAGUGGUGCCUACAGACAGAUCAUGAAAUUGAAGACUCUGAAGGGUCUGGCGCUGCAGGACAUCCUGACAGAGGUGCACACCUUCGUCCACAGGGUUGACUUCCCCAUGUCGGUGAGGAUUCACCUCCUCACCAAGAUGGCAGAAGUCGAGUACCACCUGGCCUCGGGCACCAACGAGAAGAUCCAGCUGAGCUCCCUCAUCGCUGCGUUCCAGGUGGCGCGGGACAUGGUGGCGGCCGAGGCAUGAGGGCACGACGAAACCCCGUGGCACCUCGGGCUUCGCGGUGACGUGUGAGCAAGUGGGACUCUGAGCUCAUUUGACUACUACAGCUGGAGUUUUCAUUUCCUACGAUCGGAUGUUUGAUCGCUGAAUCAACGUAACAAAUGGGAUGGGGUAUUAUUAUUUUUUUGUAUCCUUCACGGACACUUUGUGUGGUGAGAUGAGCACGGAACUCUUGAAGGGGUUUUUGACCGACAUGACAUCUGCGUACUUGACAAGAGGGCUUGAAAUACCACAUGCUGUAAAUAAAAUCCUUCCUCAGCAUUUCAGUGUCACCUUCCAAGCAAGAUGGAGUACAUUAUAAAGUCGUCGGAAAACCUUGUACUUUUAGGAUUGUUAGAGAGACGGGUUUGGCUCAGUGUUCGGAACAAAUCUGCAGCGUUAAAGCAAGUAGCACAACACCCACAUGUUAUAUUUAGUCUAUCGAGUAUAAUAGAAGUUGGGUGUUGGUAUGCCCCCUGGAAGUAAGGCUGUUAAUAUAUCAUUAGUGUGCAUGUUUCAAAUGGCUUUGCCUUCCCUCUACCUGUGUAAUGUAAGCUUGUAUGCUUGUAUGCUUACAUUACAGAGCUGUGCUUGUUUAUGGUUACAUCCAGAUUCUGACGUGAUAAACAGUCUCAGCCUACAGAAGUCUGCUUUUGUGCAAGACACCCAAGACUUGUUUAAAUAGACCAUUACUUUUGUCUGGGUCGGUAAAGACUAAGUCGCAGGAUUUGUAAUAAAAUCUGCUCAAGCACCUGCUUCCAACCCAAGUAAAUGAAUAGCGGUCAUCUUUGUUGGCGCCUUCCUGGUGUGUGGUAGUCCAUCCCUAUGCCUUGCCACAGUGGUCGUCAUUUUACCAACACCACAUGGAGGCCGAAUUGAUCCCAAAUUGGAGUCUGGAAAUAAUGCUCGGCAGGAAAUCGAUUAACGUUUUUCUCUCCGUCGUUUGUUGCAAAGGAUCGCCAGAUUGAACGAAUCACAAACCAUCACAACCACCUUUGUCACCCACAAUGCAGCGGGAUUGUUGAAACCUGCUGUGAAACUUUCCUGCCGAAAUAAAAGUAUCUGACGUGUACGGCA